GCCCAAUGACAAGAAAAUAACAGUAUAGGUUGGGCGCAACCACCAAAAAUCCAAACAUUAUCUUACACAUCUCGUCCUCUCAGCUUACAAAACCAAACAACCUCCACCCAAAACCUGUUAUUUCCACUCAACAUGGAUUUAUUGUUGCCAAGAAGUCCUGGAUCUUCCCAAAUGGUAUCUCAUUGCUCUGUGAUCCAAAUGGAUUCUUCUGCUAAUAGUCUUAACUCUUCCAAAACAUCUUUACCUCCCAGAUAUUCCUGUUGGUCUGGGAAACAAUCUAUAUCUCUUAAGCAACCACUCACCAAGUACUCAUUGCCGUUACGUGCAGUACUAACUUCUAACACUCGUGAUAUGUCCACAUCACUUGUUAAUGAUGAUGGAAAGAUAGGAGUCCUGUUGUUAAACCUCGGAGGUCCAGAGACUCUUGAUGAUGUGCAGCCAUUUCUGUUCAACCUUUUUGCUGACCCGGAUAUUAUUCGAUUGCCAAGAUUGUUCCGUUUUCUUCAAAAGCCUUUAGCACAAUUUAUAUCUGUUGCCAGAGCCCCUAAGAGCAAGGAAGGAUAUGCUUCAAUUGGAGGCGGUUCUCCUCUGCGAAAGAUAACUGAUGAGCAGGCUGAAGAGCUGAGAAAAGCACUGUGUAAGAAAGAUAUCCCAGCAAAGGUGUAUGUUGGUAUGCGUUAUUGGCAUCCUUUUACUGAAGAAGCUAUUGAACAGAUUAAAAAGGAUGGAAUCACAAAGUUGGUUGUGCUUCCACUUUAUCCACAAUUUUCAAUAUCUACUAGUGGUUCAAGUCUUCGGCUAUUGGAGAGUAUAUUCCGGGAAGACGAAUACCUAGUUAACAUGCAGCACACUGUAAUACCUUCCUGGUACCAGCGUGAAGGAUAUAUAAAAGCCAUGGGGGAUUUAAUUGAAAAUGAGUUGAAAAAUUUUGAGCAGCCUGAAAAGGUGAUGAUAUUUUUUAGUGCUCAUGGCGUGCCACUUGCUUAUGUGGAGGAAGCUGGUGACCCCUACAAGGCCGAGAUGGAGGAAUGUGUAGAUUUGAUAAUGGAAGAACUAGAAAAGCGCAGGCUAACUAAUCCAUACACUCUAGCUUAUCAGAGUAGAGUUGGUCCUGUGGAAUGGCUGAAACCAUAUACGGAUGAGACAAUCAUUGAGCUUGGUCAGAGAGGAGUUAAAAGUCUUCUAGCUGUCCCAAUUAGCUUUGUCAGUGAACAUAUUGAAACUUUAGAGGAGAUAGAUGUUGAGUACAAGGAACUCGCUCUCAAAUCUGGCAUAGAGAAAUGGGGACGUGUACCUGCUCUAGGGUGUCAGCCUACCUUCAUUUCAGAUUUGGCAGAUGCAGUGAUCGAAAGUCUUCCAUAUGUGGGGGCAAUGGCGGUGUCAAAUAUUGAGGCUCGACAGUCUCUUGUUCCACUAGGCAGUGUUGAAGAACUAUUAGCAGUAUAUGAUUCGCAAAGAAGGGAGCUACCAGCACCUGUGACAGUCUGGGAGUGGGGAUGGACAAAAAGUGCAGAAACAUGGAAUGGAAGAGCGGCUAUGUUGGCCGUGGUUGUUCUACUUUUCCUAGAAGUGACAACUGGAGAGGGUUUUCUUCAUCAGUGGGGUAUUUUGCCCAUUUCCCGUUAAGGCACACCAUUUGUUUCUUUCUCUAUCUUUAUAUCUAUAUGCAUGUAUAUCUGUCUAUACCCGAUCUUCCUUUUGGUUGCUGGGACUUGAGGGGGUAAAGUAUAAAAAUGAUGUUUUGAAUCUCUAAAUCAGCCCAAUGAACAAGUGUAGAAAUAAGGUAUAUGACACACGUGCACAUCAAAGAAAGCUUAAAACUUUUGCUUGAAAAGUAGGGCUGGUUUAAUUUUGAGAAAUUCGAGAUUCAUAAAUAGCUUUUAGAAAAAUAUCAUUUCGGUUCACUUAUCCCAUUUCCCAGCAACUAAAGGUAUUAUUGUAUAGUUAUCUCUACUCCUAACCCGACUAAUGUAUGGACUAUGGCGCUUCUAGUUCUUUAAUUAUUUUGAGCGCCUGAGCUCCCUGCUAACAUUCUGAAGAUAUCUCUGUACAUUGUUCUUAAAUAAUAUGGGAGUCAUAUAUAUAUUCAAUGAUAUAUAUUUGUAAAUGUUAGCAGAAAAUGUAUUUCUGUAGUUGUGUA